AUGCAUCUCUCACUUCUCUUCAUAUUCUUCCUAAACCUCCUCACCACCGCCCUCACGGCACCCAACUCCCCUGCCCUCGCCCCCCUCGAAGGCCUCGACACCUCCACCAUCCUCUACACCCCAACCCCAACCCUGAUCCACGCCUUCGAUGCCGCCAUAACCGCAAAAACCAACACCCAUGCCGACAAUUCCAACGACAACAUCGCCAACAACGCCAACGCCAACCUCCUCCUCCUUCCCACGCAAACCAUAACCCAAACCGCCCGCGUAACCCAAACCUCGCGGCCCCAAGACCCGGAACCCAUAAUCCUCUACCCCUUCCACCUAACCCUGACCUCUGCCUGCUCCUCCUCCUCCUCCUCGUACUCCGCCAACGCAACCCUCACAAACGGCAACUGGACAUCCCGCAUCAUCAAUCUGACUUCUUCCACGCGCGCAAUCGUAGAUCAUCAUAUCAGUGGCUACCCGCAGACGUUUAGCGUGGGGCCGUUUGAGGCGCCGAGGGGGGAGUUGCGGUUUGGGUACUUGAAUGGGGAGGGGGGGUGGAGGUGUGAGUGGGGGGAUGGGGAUAAGGAUAAGAAUGAGGAUGGAGAGAGAAGCAGGGGGUGUGGGUGGUGUAAGGGCGGGGAGUGGAGGGUUGCGGGGUGUAAGCGGGGAUGGGGGAUUAAGGAGAUGGAUUGUGAGUUUAUUAUGGGGUGGAGGCAUCAGUUGAAGGCGGAGGGAUGA